AUGAAACGACGACCCAUAUCAGGGGUCGCCACCCCAGGCUCGAAGAGACCUUCUCGACAAGAUCCCGUUUCCUGCGAGUCCUGUCGAAAGAAGAAGCUGAAGUGUGACAGAGAGCUUCCGUGCAGUAGCUGCACUUCACGAAAACUGGAAUGCAGCUAUGGUGGUUACGGCUCGGGCACAACGACUGUGCACCCCAUGAGCCAAACAGAUCAGAGACCCAUGUUGGACGAUCGCGUGUCUGGGUCACCUCGAAUCUUGCAGUGGACUCCACAGCAGGACACGGAAACACAGAGCUGCAACAGAAACGAGUCACUUUUAACGGCCGACUGGCUUGAGACAAUUGUUAUGGGACACCGCAUCCCGAGCGCAGUCCCCGCCACGUUGAGGGCGGAGCUUGCCCAGCGCCGUGAACCCGAGCACUCGCCUACACAGCAAGACAACACACCUAGCGAUCGAUUCCCCGCGAUACAUGAACGGCUCGCUUCGCGAGAAAAUCCAUCGACUAUCCAUCUACCGUCGUACUUACCGUCCCUGGCAGAAGCUCUGGGUCUAUUCCGGUAUUAUUGUAAAUACCUUGACUUCCAGUAUCAUGUCAUCAUACCCAGUCGUGUCGAACAACAAAUUGAGACAAUUUACGACCGUAUUGCGCGAAAUGAGACUAUCAAUUUGGCCCAUACUGCGCUACUGUUCAGUAUCACUGCUGCCGCCUUGUAUUACCAACUCCUGAUAGAGUCACCUGAGCACGCGGAGCCAUUCAGUCAGGAGAGCAUAUUUUUGGCAGGUGCGGCAUUGAUCCAGAGCAAUUAUAUCCCUUAUCCCAGUCUUGAAGGACUGCAAGCGACAAUGAUCAUUGGUCAUCAUCUGUCCAAUAUGAACUUGCCCUCCUCCGUCAGUCCUUUAUUCGUGCAUAGGUCAUUUUUGAGUCAAGCCACCGGUAUGGGACUACAUCUUGUGGACUCUCCUCGGGCUGUGGCUGAACGCUUGACCAAUGGCUUUGAUAAAACCAAUAUUGAACUCAAACGACGGUUGUGGUGGGACUUGGCAACAUAUGACUGGUUAAUAGGCUUUUUGAGUGGACCCCAGGAGUGGACGUACUCAAUUCAACCUCAGCAUAUGGUUGUACAAGAGCCUCUCAAUGUUGAGGAUGAGGAAAUUGACCAUAGCGAGAACGGUGUUCCUCUGUCUAUUCCAACAGCAAUGUCAUUCAGUCUAUGUCGAUUGAAGUUGGCUGUUGUGUGUCGCCAAAUAGUGGACGAAAUGUCAUACUACCAUUUCCAUGCACAAGAGGUGCCCUAUGAGAAGAUACUCGGGCUCGAUCAAAAGCUUCAAAAGAUAUACGCUGAAGUUCCCAGUUACUUUCGGUUUGAUCAAGCCUCCCGUCGUGAGUACUCAACGCUUUAUCGUGACCGACCAGCUCUUGCAUGGCAGCGAGCUCUAGUACAACAGGGCUUCCAUUCACGGCUAUGUCGCUUGCAUCGUCACUACCUCGUACGCGGAGCAAAGGAUCCCAAAUAUUCCUAUUCUCAUGUCAUAUCUCUUCAAUCUGCGCGCAAGGUACUUGAAAUAAAACGCAUUAUGGAUGAGGAAGAGCCUGUGUUCACACCGCAUAGCUCGGUCAUAUGGGCAGUCAUGCACCACGUUUUCAUGGCGGCUGCCAUUCUUCUGAUAGAUGUUUGUUUCAACUGGGAUGACAUUCUAGCUGAAAAGCGAAAAGAGGAAGUACUCGACGCUUGUCGGAUGCUCAGCCGGGCGCAACAAUCCUCGCCCACCGCCCGUGAGGGAAUCAAUGCUAUGAUGGGGAUCUUGCGAAAGCAUUGGAAACACGAAAAAGGACCGAGCUCCCGCGACUUACAGGAGUCUUUUGCCUCUUCAAAUCCAAAUGCCACAAGAGAAGGUGCUUCACGGCCGGAUAUCCCCACGCCUAUUUCAUUGUGUUCCAAGAGCAUCAUAUUUCCUGCAGGGACUUCCAAUGGUCAAUCCACAGCAUACCCUUCAGCAGAUGGAUUACAUAGUCCACUACCACUUGAAGAUAUAUGGGCGGAGAUGCUAGAAACCAGCGGUAAUGUUGAGCUGAAUACACCAGACUGGACAGACUUGCUCACCGAGUUGACAAAUGUUACUUUGCCAAUCGACCUCGGGAGUGAUAUGGUAGAUGUCCGUGUCUUUGUAGACGUCAACUGGUCUUUUUAA